ACGUCACUUCCUCUGCUCCCAUUAGGCAAGUGGACCUUGCUGUCGUAAACUAGCGGUUGACGUUAGAUAUUACUGAUACUCGUCCAGAGCUGAAGGCUGUUUCGGACAGGUGACAGCGUCUCUGGUUCUGUUGGAGACUGGCUGGUUUUGCACACCCGUUUUUCGAAUUUCUAGUCAGUUUUCCUGCCCCCCUAUUUUGUGCCCGUACGGCGGCCGAAGAGGCUCGUGCGCGGCGGAAGUACCGGGCGGGUGGGUGUGCGCGCCCAGCCCUGAGGUGCACGUGGCGCCGGUAGGAGCAAGCAUGUCUUUUCGAGGCGGGGGUCGUGGAGGCUUUAAUCGAGGUGGCGGCUUCGGUCGCGGCGGCAGCGGCAACAACCACUUCCGAGGUGGAGGCGGCGGUAAUUUCAGAGGCGGCGGCGGCAGAGGAGGAUUUGGACGUGGGGGCGGCCGCGGAGGCUUUAACAAAGGCCAAGACCAAGGACCUCCGGAACAAGUCGUGUUAUUAGGAGAGUUCCUGCAUCCCUGUGAAGAUGACAUAGUUUGCAAAUGUACCACAGAUGAAAAUAAGGUGCCUUAUUUCAAUGCUCCAGUUUAUUUAGAAAACAAAGAACAAAUUGGAAAAGUGGAUGAAAUAUUUGGACAACUUAGAGAUUUUUAUUUUUCAGUUAAAUUGUCAGAAAACAUGAAGGCCUCUUCCUUUAAAAAACUACAGAAGUUUUAUAUAGACCCAUAUAAGCUACUGCCAUUGCAGAGGUUUCUACCUCGACCUCCAGGUGAGAAGGGACCUCCAAGAGGCGGUGGCAGGGGAGGUCGAGGAGGAGGAAGAGGCGGAGGUGGCAGAGGUGGUAGAGGCGGUGGUUUUAGAGGUGGAAGAGGAGGUGGAGGUUUCAGAGGAGGAAGAGGGGGUGGUGGUUUCAGAGGAAGAGGACAUUAAGUAUAACAGUUGGUAGAGAAACUUCACCAGUUGACUUCCACAUUAACUUCCAUGAUCUACUUCUGUGGAUCAGAAACGUGUUUCUUGAGCAAGUCUUGAAGAAGUGGUCAUCUUAUGACAGUGGAACUCAAAUGUCAACGCCAUGCGGAAACAAGUGCGACAGAACAGGCAAUUUUGCUCUAAAAGAGUAUGAUCAGCUGUUUUAGUGUUUUGUACAAAGCUUGGAACUUUGUGGGUGUUUAAUAAAGGGACAGCUUUCAUUUGAAGAAUAUUUGAAUUUUUAAAAUAAAAGUUUUUUAUUUCUUUCAGUUAUUUAGAGCUCUGUUUAUUAAACCAGGGCUAUUUUUGAAGUGAAACGGGACAAUCCAGUAGAUUUCAGAUAGAAAAGAAUGAUUCAUUUACAUGUAUAACUGAUCUUUAAAGAAGUGGCUAGUGGAGUAAUACUUCAACAUUAUUAAUAAAUUAACACUCCCUUUCAAAAUGUUUGCCUUUAGAAUACGAGAACAUUAGCACCUUUUUAUUAUAUUUUCCGUUUUGUGUUUGUACAUAAAUCAGAGUAAAGCAGCUUCUCUAACUGCAAUUAGAAAUUUUUAGUAUUGAUAUGAAUCUUUUUAAGUUGGAACAGCUCAGUUCAAGUUGAAAACUAAAAGUUCAAGACAUUUCUGACGAAAUCUUUAAUUUUUCUCAUUCAACAUAGAUGUUGAAAUUUUACUGAAUUUUUUUUUUUUUUUUUUCCGGUCAUUUUCUAGGGCCACUCCCGAGGCAUAUGGAGGUUCCCAGGCUAGGGGUCGAAUCGGAGCUGUAGUCACCUGCCUACGCCAGAGCCACAGCAACACAGGAUCUGAGCCUCGCCUGCGACCUACACCACAGCUCACAGCAACACCAGAUCCUUAACCCACUGAGCAAGGCCAGGGAUGGAACCCGCAACCCCAUGGUUUCUAGUAGGAUUGCUUAACAACUGAGCCAUGACAGGAACUCCCUACUGAAUGUUUUUUUAAGUGGUGACCCAAACCAUUGCAAUGACAAAUGCUGGGUCUUUAGCCCCCUGUGCCACAAGGGGACUCUUUACUGAAAGUUUUUAUUUUCCUUUUUUAAGAUCUUAAGAUCUCAUUGACUAUAAAUAAAUGCUUAAUUUCCUGCUACAUGUUCACAUUCUUGGGUAGGGGCGUGCCAAAUGAAAUUGGUUUUGGUCCUCAUUGCUAUUACAGUAUAAGACAUAACCACGAUAGUAAGUUAAAAUACUGUGAUACAGGAUAAUUUCUUCUGUCACUGAUUUUCCUCUUAUGUAAUCAUCCUCAGAAGGAAUGACAUUGUCAUAUCUGUUCUUAAGUUUUCUAGUGUGCUUUACCUUAUACUUGGUUAACUCUUUUUUUUUUUUUUUUUUUUUUUGCUAUUUUAGGGCCACACCUGUGGCAUAUGGAGGUUCCUAGGCUAGGCACUGAAUCGGAGCUGUAGCUGCUGGCCUACACCACAGCUAUAGCAACAUGGGAUCUGAGCCUAAUCUGUGACCUACACCACAGCUCAUAGCAAUGCCGAAUCCUUUACCCACUGAGUGAGGCCAGGGAUCGAACCCUCAUCUUUGUGGAUCCUAGUCGGAUUCGUUAACUGCUGAGCCACAAUGGGAACUCCCAAAACUUCAUUAACCCUUGGAUGUUUGUUUGAGUAGCAUAUAGUAUUGUCGAAGUCAGUAUUUUGAGUUUAACUUUCUUUUUGAUUAAUAGAAUUGCAGUAGGAUUGAUAAAUAUGAAAGCCAUAAGUAUAUAUGAUGUACAAAUAUGUUGAAAAUUACUUUCAGGAAGAAGCAGUUGUGCUUUUACAACUUGGGAAAGGAGGCUGUUUGAUUUAGAAUCCUUGGGUUGUAACUUUCAAUGAGAGUUAGGGCCAAGGUUUUUACUUUUGGUCUGUAAAAGACAUAGCCACCACUAGAGUGAUGAUGGUAUUGUCCCAGGGGUAAAUAAUAGUGCAACAUUCCAAUGCUUUUUUUUAACAUUUAAAAAAAAGUGUGAAAUGGCUAGUAUGGAAGUCAUGUAUAUAUAGGUUGUUAGACAAACCACUUGAGAUUUCAUCUUUUACCUUAGGAUAUUUUUUGGUCAUUAGCCAUCUUUAAACUUUUAUUUCCAUGUCUUAUUUUUCUCUUUGGGUUUCCUUUGGGUAUUUGGUUUUGAAUCAAGUUUGUAUGUUUAGGGAGCCUAACAAUGCACUUGGUUGGAACUGUGAUUUCACUGAGCUCCAUUGUGAAAGAUACUUUGAUUAUUCACAUAUUAAAUCUUUUGAAUCGUCAA